GUACUGGGAUUUGAGACACAGCCAGUUAGUAUUACGUGUAUCUGUUGUCGGCUCAUGUGAAGUAGAUCUCAAAUACACUGAGUCCAGUAGCCAAAGAGUUGCGUGUCGAACCGCUUUGACUGCUAAAUUGAUUUCUGUGACAUUUUAUAUUUUGUUCAAAUUAGUUUCAAUAAAAUGACUGAGCAAUCGGCCCUGCUUUUGCGAAAACAGCUAGCAGAGCUCAACAAAAACCCAGUGGAAGGUUUUUCUGCUGGUCUAAUUGAUGAUGAUGAUAUCUACCAGUGGGAGGUUGUUGUGAUCGGCCCACAGGACACUCUGUUUGAGGGUGGAUUUUUUAAGGCAAAUCUAAUUUUCCCUCAUGAUUACCCACUUCGGCCUCCCAAGAUGAAGUUUAUUACAGAGAUUUGGCAUCCUAAUGUUGCGAAGAAUGGAGAUGUGUGCAUUUCCAUUCUUCAUGAACCAGGAGAGGACAAAUUUGGCUAUGAAAAACCUGAGGAGCGUUGGCUCCCCAUCCACACUGUAGAGACAAUCAUGAUUAGCGUGAUCUCAAUGUUAGCCGACCCCAAUGGUGACUCGCCAGCCAACGUGGAUGCAGCUAAAGAGUGGAGAGAAGAUCCCAAUGGUGAGUUCAAGAGGAAAGUUGCCCGCUGCGUGAGAAAAAGCCAAGAAAUGGCAUUCGACUAGGGGCCUCAUCACUGUUAAGCUAGUACAUAUACUGUGGUAUCAGUUCCCAUCUUCAUAUCUUGGUCAAACUCGACAGAAAUUUCAGUUGGAUUUAUUUCUGUGUUGAUAUUAAAAGCUCAUAUUAAUUUAAUAGAUUCAAAUGAUAUAUUGGAUCAGAUUUUCUGUGAGAUAAUGCUUCAUUGCGUAAAUCAAAUUCUAACAAUCCCUCCUUGGAUACAUCAACUACAAACUUUCAUAGACAUUUUUAUUUUACUUCACGACAGACUUCGCACCAGUUAUUUGGGGUUGAGACACUUAGGGAGAUCAAAGCAAAGCAACCAUAGUAUAAUAAUUAGAUUUUCUCUGAAUGUGUUAAUUUUAGCACAUUUUGUUAUUGUCAAUUUCCUCCCACCCUCUAGUGUGUCUGGAUUAUUUAUUAUCUUAAUUAUGAUGAAAUGUAUUGCAUGACACGUGUGUUUUGACUCGCUUUUUUAUCUGCCACUGAGCCAUCAAUUUUGAACAAAGUCUUAUAUGCAAUUCUGGAGUGUUGUUUGCAUUUAUGGUACCGGUAGAGGUUGAUUGUCAGUAAAUGCUGAUUUACUGUUCACUGACAUGUUGGACAGCCCUAUUCCCUUAAAAAAAAACAAUACAAUAGGUGUCUCUCAACAAGGGUCAUCUCUUUCUGUGCUGCCUUAAGUUGUUCUCCUGUAAGAAAGGAAAAUUGUAUUCAGUGAUGUCAAGUCAUUCACAAUGUCUAAUCCAUUUUUGAGCUGCAAUCCUCUUUUGGACAAACCAAAAAGUUAGAUAUUUGCAUGAGAGACAGAGAAUAUUUUUUGUAUUAAUAUUAAGCUCAAAAGCUGUAUUUUUUGUGUAUGUAAAUAUGAUGUAUUGUACCAUAGCUAUGUCAGUCGAGUCAUUUGUAUGUAAUGUUUUCCCCCUCAUUUAUGGCUGUAGCCUCUUUUUAUUCACUUUCUGUUCCCCAAGGCCUCAAUGUAAUUGCUCAUUAAAAUGUAGCAUUUGUCUUACAUAUCUGUUCGUCCUUAUAUUUUUCUUAGUCUUGCCUUUGUGUUGUCAUUUAUGCCUUAAAGGAAUAUGUCAGGUUCAAUACAAGAUGAGCUCAAUCGACAGCAUUUGUGGCAUAAUGUUGAUUACCACAAAAUAUUUGACUCGUCCUAUAAAUAUUUUUUUGAAUCAAGGGUUCAGUGUCAGUUCAGUCAUUUUAGGGUUUAUUGACAUUGCAUCAUCAUGGCAAUGAAGUUGUAAAAUUCACUAUAACUACCCAGAAAAGGUUAAGUGACUUAAUCACACUAAAAUCAAUGUUAACACACUGUUUAUGUAUUGUGGCUAUACUUUUGAAACUGAGUAUUUUAACAUCUACAAAUUGGCCCCAUUAAUUUCCAUUUUAAGUACCUCACUGUUACCCGGAUUCUUGCUGGGUGGACUAAUUUAAAUUAAUUUAGGUGGUAAUCAAUUUUAUGGCAAAAUGCUAUUGACUUGUAUUGAACCUAGAAUAUUCCUUUAUAUCAUGCACAAAGCAGUUACCUCAAUAUCCUCAAAAAGUGCAUAAGAUGUUUGGCAACACUCUUAAGUGAAAUGAUUUGUUUGGUGCUGUGUACUACUGAAUGUGUCAUUGUAUUGUUCAGAAGACCGAAAGCUAUUGAGCAAUAAGUUAUACAUUUUCAAUUUAGUCCUAGUCAGAUUUUAAUUUGAUUUACUGGCUUUAAAGUGUUACAAUUGAACUUUCUUCAACUCUUAUGGUUUAUGGCAGCAAUUGAUUUUUGAGCAAUAAAUGUGGAGGAAUGUCACAUUUCUUUCUUGCAACAAACUCCUAUGCUCUUUGCCUAAUAAGUACAGAUAAUAAAUAUAUUAAC